GGCAGUGGCGGGAGCUAAGGCAGCGAUGGAUCUACGAAAUGGUGCGAUGGAGGUGGGGGCUGACGGAGGUGAUGCAGCUGUGGCGAUUCUGGUGUUGGCGGUCGGGGCUGGCAGAUGCAGUGAUGAUGGGGCUGGAUGGGGAGACGGUGGGGCGGGCGAUGGUGGACGCUAGGGAGGUGGUGGCUGCUAAAACUCUAGCACGGAGGAAGAAAUCCUCCACAACGACGAUGGUGCAAACACGUAGCAACGCCAACGUAGGUACCGGAGUUCCCCAACAGGGGGAGAACAGCGCCACCGGAGGCCGGCACCCCCCCAUCACCACCGGGGAGGUUGAGGCCCUCAUUCAGAGGGUUGGGAUCACGGCCGAACAAUUCAAGGAGGUGCUGGCCGCACUUGCGCCCAACCGCGAGGUUGUGGUAGGAGAUGUGGCUGGGGGACCCACAGGCGAGAAGGCUGGACCUGCAGGCUCCCAAGGAAAAAAGAAAAAAGACACUUGGUCGGCCCGAAAAAGCGACUGGAGAGACACGCUCAAGGAGAAGAGAGGGGAGUCCACAGCGACCUCCAAGGUCGGUUCUGAGGAGCGACGGACGACAGUCGGGGAUAAGGGCGCAGCCGAGCUGUGGAAAAUGUACGAACAACUGGAGAAGCGGCUGGAUGCCCAGAACCCCUAUCGCCAGGCGGUCUUCAGUGAGGUAACGCCCUUCUCCAGAAUGAUAAUGUCCUGCCCUCUCCCAGAUAAUUUCAAGACUCCCCAGAUCAAGGCAUACAACGGGACGACCGAUCCCCAAGACCACCUCGCUCGCUUCGGGGCCAACGUGGUCAUGUACGCAUAUCCAGAAGAAAUCAAGUGUCGGUGCUUCCUGGCGACACUGGAAGGGCAGGCUUGUGAGUGGUUUCACAAGUUACCCAAGGGGUCGAUAGAUAAGUGGGGCGACCUGUCCCACAAGUUCCUGGAGCACUUCGCAUCCAGCCGGAGACAAAAGCUCCCCUUCUCGCAUUUGCUCAAUGUGAAGAUCCGAAAGGGGGAACAGCUCCGGGCGAAGUACCUGGCGCUGGAAGAGGAAGAUGAUGAGCCACCAGUUCGGAAGGAGAAGAAAUGCGGGCCACCGGUGGCAGAAGGAAAGAAAAGGAAGGAUUAUGGUAAGGGGCCGAACCCCACCGGGUAUCAUGCGAACAUGCAUCCCGUUCACGCGGUACAGUCGUUGCCGGCCCCUCCUCAUGGUCUGGAAAGCUAUGGUGUGCAAGAUGCACCCAAAUACUGCGAGUACCACCGUAACAGCACCCAUAACACGUCGGAGUGCGUUACGCUGAAGAAGGAGAUGGAUCAGCUGAUCGCUAGAGGGCCACCUCCUCGGUCAGAGCGACCGUCCACAAGUAACCGGACCUGGAGGAGGCCGCCAGCCCCCACGACAGCGAUCACAGCAGGAGAGGGGCAAAAAGAUGGACGGCGGCACCUAGGGCGAGAUUGUGAUGACCUAGAUGAGGAGGAGAGGCAAGGUCGCUGACACCUGGGGUGUCGGUUCAUCAUGGGAGGAAACACUGGAGGAGAUUCGGUAUCCUCCCGGAAGAAGUGGAAGAACAUGGUGUACCUGGCCGAGGUACAAAGGCCACCGCUGCCUAAGCGAAAGAAGAAGGAACCUCUGAUCUUUACAGACGAGGAUUAUCCCCCAGUCCUCAGCCCUCACAGGGACGCUCUGGUGAUAAGAGUGGAGAUCAAUAAUGUGGUUGUUCACCG